AUGAUGGAAGGAAAAGCCAAUGAGCUACCCGAUUUUCAAGUAUUUCGGACGGUAAUAAAAUACUGCUUGUUCAUUAUUAUCGUGCCGGUAGUAUCGUUUUUCGUAUCUAAAUUGAUACUUUUCGAUGCUGUGUUUCGUCUUGAAGCUGUAUCCAGUAGCAUAUAUUCUGCUGUAGUAGCGGUAAUCGUGUUACAUGUUACUCUAGGCCUCUAUAUUUACAAAGCCUACGGUGAAUCGGAGAAACCGUCUAAACCCCUCAAAAAGAUUUCUUAA